AUGGGAGUGUUCAAUCUCCUUGAUAAGCCCGUCUUUAGCAGCCGCUUCAAGUUCCCUAUUCAUAUCGCUCAAGUCGUUCUCGUUAUUCUCGCCAUUGCCCUUACGCUUCCUCGUCUGUUCAUUACCAAUGUUCCGCGCACACGAGCAAGCACAUAUGCGUUGGGCAUGUUACAAAGCGCAUGCCAUAAUCAGCUGUAUUGA